AGCUCUUGGCAGGGCAGGACCAGCUGGUGCUUGCCUGGAGAUGCCCUAGCCGGGCUGGGAGCUGAGUGCACCUUCCCCACGGCCUCUGAGGACUGGCUCCUGCGGUGGGGCAAGGAGCAGAGAGCUGGUUUCUGGGGCUCCUUGCGGAUACGGAAGCUGGUGCCAGAGGGGCUCUCUUGCUGUCCUGUCUGGAUACAGGCUCCGGGUUCUGGGUGAAGAGCCACAUCGGCGACCUGUGGCCCACUCGAGGGGCUGGCUUUAGACGUGUGGAUUUGGGGUUCGGGGCUUUCGCGCUAUGGUUCCCCUGAGGGGACCCCCAUUGCAGGUCGCUGUGCCCUGUUCCUGAGAGCCGAGGUGCACAUGCACAAGACCAUGAGGCCUGUGUCUCCUGCAAGUAGCACAUCCCCCCUGGGGCUGCUGAACCGGGGCCCGGAGUAUCUCCGCAGGCAGAUGGAGGUGGGGAGCGGGGGCCGCACCCCGAGUGCCGUGGAGAGGCUGGAAGCCGACAAAGCCAAGUACGUCAAAACCCAGCAAGUGAUCAACAGCCGGCAGGAGCCGGUGCUGCGUAGCUGCCCCCCGCGGCCUUCCCCUCGCAGCAGGAGGCGCCUGACUCUCCACCAGUGUCAUGAGAUCUGUCAGAGCUCAGAGCUGGGCCGAGACAGCCCCAAGCAGAACAGCCCCAGGAAGCUGCUGCCUUCCCCCCAGUCCCCCGUGGUGCGCAGGGGCAGCAGCAGCAAACGCCUGCUGAGGCCCGACUCGCUCAUCAUCUACCGGCAGAAACGGGACUGCACGGCCGUCAACACGGAGAACGCCAAGGGCUCCGGCCUGGUCAGGCGGCUCUUCCAGGGGCCUCUGAGAGACAAACUCCCCAGCUCCCCCUCCUCCAGGGGCCUGGGCGACGGGCGGCAGGGGCCGGAGAGAGACGAGACCCCCAUGGUGUGGGUGCCGGUGGAGAAGGAGGCUGCUAGAACGCAGGGCCCAGGGGGCGGCAUCUUCAGCCUGAACGCGAGCCCUGUGGCGCAGCCUCCACGCAGCAGCCAGACGCCCCUGCCCAGCCCCGAGUCGGGGCCAGGCCGGAAGGAGGCCAAGAGGGAGCUGGGCCGAGGCUGCUCCCUGCCCCUCUCCGAGAAGGAGAGGUUUUUCAACUACUGCGGCUUGGACCGGGACCUGGUGGAGGUGCUGGGCAGGGAGAGGUUCAGGCCGGCCGGCUGGGACACGAGCUCCUCCUUGCUCCUGGGGAGCGCGGGCUCGGCCGGCUCGGAGCGCAGCGGGCCGGCCCACUCCGGCGGCUGCGCAGCGGGGCCCGACGCGGAGGAGCCAGGCGCUCGGCGCUGCUCGACCGUCUCCAUUAUCGAGCGCAACGCCCGGGUGAUCAAGUGGCUCUAUGGCUGCCAGAGAGCCUGGGCGAUGGCCAGGGAGUCCACGGUCUGAGGGAAGGGUCUGGGCCGGCCUACAGAGGCCCCGUCCCGUCUCAAGGGCUGGGGACAGGCGACCUCCGCUCCAGCUCCGGGCCCUUCCCGGCACUGGUCACGCCGCCAGUCCUGCCUCCAGCGAAGGCAAUGGCAACCCCCCCCCCCCCCCGUCGCUCUCAUGCGGCCUGGGGCAUGAACCGGGCAGAUCGUUCGGCCCCAGGUGAAACAGAUGCUGGUGGGGGUGAAGGUGCCCUGAGCUGGCUCCUGCCCUGGGUAUGUGCAGCUACCCACAAGCACCUUUCCGCACUGGGGCUGCCAGCUGGGGACUGUUAUGUAAAUGGGGCGGGGGGGCAGGUGCUUCCAGCACCGCAUGGCCUAAUCCUGCGGGGGUGGGGGUGACAUUCACCUCUCAGGGCCCGUGUGCUCAACAGAGACUUUCCUCUUUUGAAUGAUAUUUUAAAAUGUGCCUGGGGAAGGAAUUGUGCUGGGGGAGGGGCCUUGGAGCAGCCCCCCCGGGCUGCCCCCCUGCUUCAGCUCCCCCUUGGGACUGGUGCUGGCACCUGAGUGUGGGAGCAAUGGGACUGGAAGGGGGAGACAAACUGGCCACUCCCUGCGUCCCCUUUGACUGGCCCUUUAACCCUUUCUCUGCUGCUACGCUCUCGGCCUGGCCCCUUCACUGAUGCAGCCAGCUCUGCAGUGGAUGAGGUCGGAAGGGCAGAAAAGGACCCUCUGGCUGCAUGGGCUCCUCCCUCGCUGAGGGAUCCAGGAGUGACCAGAGGUGCUGGCGUGACGCUAGCAGG